AUGCACUUCGCUGUCGCUUUCACUGCCCUCACAGCCCUCGCCAUGGGCGUCGUUGCCGAUCCUGCCGCCAAACCCCCACCCAACGCCAAUGUCCUUGCUGCUCGCAUCUGGGGUGACAGAGACUGCGGUGCCAAGAACAACGACCAUAACGAAGGAGAAUUGACCCUCCACGGCGAUGAGGAUGGCAAGUGUCGCAAGUUCUCUAACGAGAUUCGAUCCGUCAAGCAGAACGAGCACGCCUACAACUGCAAAUUGAUUCUCUACCAUGACAAGAACUGCAAGCGUGGAAAGAAGGACAUCAAGGAUGGACAGUGCCGUGCCACUUUGAGUUCCUUUGGCAGCUACAAGGUCGUGUGUAAUUGA